GACGGCGAGAAGGAGACUUUUUCGAAGAAGUCGCGCCACUGCGAAGCCGAGAUGCCCCUUACUGAUUCUGAGGAAGACUCUUUCCUCUUUCCCGUGAAGGAGAUCGUCCAGUACCCUCUUCUGGGAUACGUCGCUCCCUCUUCCAUCAGCUUCAGCCCCGAUGGGCGCUUGAUCUCCUAUCUCUUCAACCCCGAUGGUACCCUCCACCGUAAAGUCUUCGCCUUUGAAGUUGCCUCACAGCGGCAGGAGCUUGUGAUUUGCCCGCCUGAUGGAGGCGGCCUUGAUGAGAGUAAUCUCUCGGCUGAAGAGAAGCUGAGGCGAGAGAGGUCAAGGGAGAGGGGAUUGGGAGUCACGAGGUACGAGUGGAAAUCGAGGUCGACGUCCUCUUCUUGCUCCACUCCAGGGAAGCCCACUAUCAUGGUGCCAUUGCCAAAUGGGGUAUAUUUCUAGGAAAUAUCAUGCUUAGAGCCAGAGCUCAAGCU